GAGGGGGAGCCGCUGCCAUUGGGCUGAGGCAGGGGAGGGUUCAGGCUGCAGAAUCUAGCGGGGGAAGGACAUGGGUGAUGGGGUAAAUACUGUGCAGUUACUGGGAAAGGGAGAGGAAAUCUCUUAUAGCUCAGAUGUACAUCUGGAAUUAGCACCUGCUUUAACUUUUAAAACGUGUGUGGUGGAAUUUACAGUGAGCUGCUGGCAGGUGUCAGUGGGGAAGCUGAGUGCCUCUAACUAUUGCCCCGUCAGAACCCUGCUAGGGCUACGUUAGCGUGGCUGCUUACCAUAGGAGAGCGCCUCCUGGGGGUGGGAUCCUUUGCUUUUACUGAUACCCAUUGAAUGUCUGACGGGGGGCAAGUGGCCACGACGUGAGGAAACGGCAACAUGUCUUGGCAAGGUGGGAGCUGCCAUCAGCUCUCAGAAUGAACUUUCAGGCCAAGCUUUUUGCCCGCUGUGGGAUCCGGUUGUUGUCUCAGUCCUGGAGUCUCUUUUCCCAGGCUGCAGAGAAUAUGACAUUCCGAAAGAUCCAGAAGGUCCUCUGUGUGGCAGAGAAAAAUGAUGCUGCCAGAGGAAUUGCAGAUGUUCUCUCCAACAGCAGAAUGAGACGGAGAGAAGGGUUUUCCAAGUUCAACAAGAUUUAUGAAUAUGACUGUCAUAUGUUUGGCCAGAAUGUUACUGUGGCGAUGACAUCUGUUUCUGGACAUUUGCUGGCCCAUGACUUUAAGAUGCCAUUUCGCAAAUGGCAUAGCUGCAACCCACUUGCACUCUUUGAAGCUGAAAUUGAGAAAUACUGCCCUGAAAACUUUGUAGAUAUUAAGAAAACCCUAGAACGAGAAGUCCGGCAGUGCCAGGCUCUGGUGAUCUGGACCGACUGUGAUCGAGAAGGAGAGAACAUUGGUUUUGAGAUAAUCCAUGUUUGCAAAGCUGUGAAGCCAAGUCUUCAGGUGUUCCGAGCCCGCUUUUCUGAGAUCACUCCUCGUGCCGUAAGAGCAGCCUGUGAGAACCUCGUCCAACCUGAUCAGAACACUAGCGAUGCUGUGGAUGUCAGACAGGAGCUGGACCUCAGGAUAGGUGCUGCCUUCACCAGAUUCCAGACCCUCAGACUCCAGAAGCUUUUCCCAGAAGUUCUAGCAGAGCAAUUGAUCAGCUAUGGUAGCUGUCAAUUCCCAACUCUAGGAUUUGUGGUAGAAAGGUUUAAGGCCAUCCAGGCCUUUGUUCCGGAGGCCUUCUAUAAAAUUAAAGUGACCCAUGAACACGAGGAUGGCAUUGUAGACUUCAACUGGAAGAGGAACCGACUCUUUAACCACACAGCAUGCCUUGUCCUCUACCAGAUGUGCAUGGAGGAUCCAGUAGCAACGGUUGUCGAGAUUGGGAGCAAACCGAAGAGCAAAUGGAGGCCCGUGGCCCUGGACACUGUGGAACUCGAGAAGCUGGCUUCCCGCAAACUGAAAAUAAAUGCCAAAGAAACCAUGAGAGUAGCAGAAAAGCUCUAUACUCAAGGGUACAUAAGCUAUCCCCGAACUGAGACCAACAUUUUCCCCAAAGACCUAAACCUCACUUCCUUGGUACAACAGCAGACCCAAAACAUCAACUGGGGAGCCUUUGCACAAAGGAUUCUAGACCAGGGUGGGCCAACCCCCCGGAAUGGGACCAAAUCCGAUCAGGCUCACCCUCCCAUUCACCCCACUAAAUACACAGGUGACCUGCAGGGGAAUGAACAACGACUAUAUGAAUUCAUCGUGCGCCAUUUUUUGGCUUGCUGCUCCCAGGAUGCCAAGGGACAAGAAACAACUGUGGAGAUUGACAUUGCUAAUGAGCGAUUUGUGGCUCAUGGGCUAAUGAUUUUGGCUAGAAACUAUCUGGAUGUCUAUCCUUACGAGAAGUGGAGUGACAAGGUUCUCCCAGUGUACGAGAGGGGAUCUCGCUUUCAGCCCAGCACCGUGGAGAUGGUGGAUGGGGAGACCAGCCCGCCCCAGCUCCUCACGGAAGCCGAUCUCAUUUCACUCAUGGAGAAACACGGCAUCGGGACUGAUGCCACUCACGCCGAGCACAUCGAGACCAUCAAGUCCCGGAUGUACGUGGGGCUUACUCCAGAUCAGAGGUUCCUGCCAGGACAUCUGGGCAUGGGGCUGGUGGAAGGCUACGAUUCCAUGGGCUACGAGAUGUCAAAGCCUGACCUGCGUGCGGAGCUGGAGGCUGAUCUGAAGCUGAUUUGUGAGGGCAAGAAGGACAAAUCGGUGGUGCUGAGGCAGCAGGUCGCGAAGUACAAGCAUGUCUUCACCGAAGCUGUGGCCAAAGCCAACAAACUGGAUCAGGCUUUGUCUCAGUAUUUUGGAGAAGUGACAGAACUGGCACAGCAAGAGGAAAUCUACCCAGCAAUGCCUGUUCCCAUUCGGAAAUGUCCACGGUGCGGCAGCGACAUGGUCCUGAAGAGCAGGAAGAACGGCGGGUUUUAUCUCGGCUGCAUGAACUAUCCUAACUGUAGAGCUGCUGUGUGGUUUCCUGACUGCGUGCUGGAAGUCAGCAAGGACGACAGUGUCUGUGCUGUGUGUAAACCCCAUCCUGUUUAUAGGCUGAAAUUUAAAUUCAAGCGAGGUAGCGUCCCACCCCUGCUGCCCCUAGAAUUUGUUGGCUGUAUUGGAGGCUGCGAUGAGACUCUGCGAGAGAUCUUGGACCUGAAAUAUUUACAAGGCGCGCCCAAACCGGUACAGUCAGUCAACCCGCCAGCUAACUACUUACAAGUCAACCAGUCCCUGAACCGCAUGGCCAGCAAUGAGAACGGCCAGGGGAGAGCUCCCACAAACGCUGGUGCAGCAAGGGCCCCCAGAGUGGCGACUCACCCAGCUCCCGCUGGGAACAACGCAGUGGUUUGCAAUUGUAGGGAGGAGGCAGCCCUGCUCACAGUGCGUAAAGAAGGGCCCAACCAAGGCCGGCAGUUCUAUAAAUGCAAUGCUGGCAGCUGCAACUUCUUCCUCUGGGCUGAUCAACCAUCAGAUGAGGGAAAUAGCGUAGCCCACAGGAGCUUUGCUGCAUCUUCUGAUUCCUUGGGGGAAAGGCCACAAGGAAGUUUCCGGGGCCUUGGAGGAGGAAGAGUUUUGGGCCACCAUGGAAGCAACGGUUUCGACUCCGGAGGAGGGGGCGGCGCGAUUUGUAAGUGCAAUCAGCCGGCCAUCACACGCACUGUCCAGAAGGAGGGACCCAAUAAAGGGCGUCAGUUUCACACGUGCCCAAAGCCGAGAGAGCAGCAGUGCGGCUUCUUCCAGUGGGCGGAUGAAAACGUGGCCCCAGGAGCUGCUGGAGCCUUCCCUUCAAACCAAUUCCGGAACGAAGGGCACUCAAGAGGGUCAGGAGGCAAAGCUAAAAGACCUAGUAAUUUCUCUUCUGAGAUGGGACCGACUGCUAAGAGACAACGGGCUUGUGGCAUUUGCCACCAGCUUGGUCACACCAGGAAGACGUGUCCUCAGGACCGCUGAAGUAGUACGGUAGAUGGGAUGCUCUUGUAGGGAACCCUGGAAAAGCCAGAUCCCUGAACUGCUCCUGCUCCAGCUGUGUGUCUAGAAACGCAGGGCAUUGUAAACAUGUCUCCGGAGCCUGUGAUCACUCUACUUCCUGGAAAUGCUGGCUAAAGCAGGCCUGCUCUCGGUGGGGAGCAGCGCUCUCAGCUCUGCAGUCUAAGCCCUGGGAGGCUUCAUUCUGAAGCGAGUGUUAAGCUGCAAAGGAGGUUCAACUGCUGCUGCCAUUUCUUGGUGUAUUAGCGUGAGAGAUUUUGUAAACCGCUCCGAAACCCCCAGGACUGGGUCCCCUCUCAGACAACGCUUAGGACAGAAAUACAGGUCUGUUGUCUGUGCUCCUCCUGGAAUGGGCAUGGACUUUCACAGAGCGGCAAACCCCACGUUCUUCCACGGCUGCCAUUCCCUAAGGCCCUUCUGUUUGGGAAAUAAUAGAGAGAGGGCCAAAAAGAGUUGUGCUCUAGGACUUGGAGGAAGCCUUUUACUUGCUGCUUGAGCAGCAGUUUGUGUGUAGAGAAGGAUGAUGCUUCUAGGAGACCAACUCUGGGAAUCAGUCUUUCUGGCUUUUCACAGGGUGGGCUUUGGCAUUUAAGGCUAAGGGGAGUCAGUCCGUGUUCGCUUACAACCCUCCUACAUCGCUGGCCCUUGCGGCUACAGAACUAACUGUCGAGAACAUAACGCCUCACCCUUGUCCUGAAGAGAGAACUCAGUGAAAGUGCUCAAACAAGAGAGCCCUUGCCUGAGCUGCUAUUGAAUUUAAAACCAGCUAUGCCUUGAACACUGUGAGCAAGGGAACUGAAUGAAGCUGCCAGUGAAGGCAAAUUAUUUUGGUCAGAUUGUUGUGCCUUUUAAUAAAAAUGCCAACUUUUACCUA